CCCGACCCGACCCAUUGCCAUCCCGGUUAAUGAGUUAUUAGUUAGUAAUUUCUCAAUAAAAGCCAGCAUAAGAAUAUUAUCGGAAGCCAUAAGAGCGCGCCACGUGGAAUCCAUCAUUCCACACAUAUUUUUUUUUUUUUUUGGCUUUUGGAUGAUCACUCAAAAAGGACCAACGGCCAUCAAGCAAAGCACAACAGCUCUUCCCCCUUCUCUGGCCGUCGUCCUCCUUUCUCCGGCGAGGAAAAAAAUGGCGGUUUCGUUAUCCCCAUAUUUCUCCCCCAGCACUCUCCUUCAGUCUAAUUUCUCCGCCAAUUCCUCCUCCACCUCCCCUCGCUUCCUUUUCUCGCUCCUGUCUCGCCACUGUCGGAGCGGACAGUCUUUCGAAUUCUCGCUUCGUCACCGGAGUCAGACGGCAGUCGUCUCAGCCAUCUCAGGAUCCCCUGGAAUCGGAUCCUCCAGCUCUGUGAGCGAAGAGACGAUGACGAAUUCAUUGGACAGCGUUAAGGUGGUUGAUCUCAGUGGCAAUGAAAUUCCAGUUUCUGAUUUGUGGAAGGAUCGGAAAGCCGUCGUUGCAUUUGCUCGCCAUUUUGGAUGCGUGCUUUGCCGGAAACGGGCGGAUUAUCUCGCUGCUAAGAAGGAUGCAAUGGAUGCAGCUGGAGUUGCUUUGGUUUUGAUUGGACCUGGCAGUGUCGAUCAGGCAAGAACUUUCUUUGAGCAAACGAAAUUCGGAGGAGAAGUCUAUGCAGAUCCAAACCACUCAUGUUAUGAAGCGUUAAAUUUUGUUUCUGGAGUUGGAACAACUUUUACUCCCAAGGCAGGUCUUAAGAUAAUACAACUAUACAUGGAAGGUUACCGACAGGACUGGAAACUCUCAAUGGAAAGUGACACCGUCAACAGAGGAGGCUGGAGGCAAGGAGGGAUAAUAGUUGCAGGCCCUGGAAAGACUAAUAUAUCAUACAUCCACAGGGAUAAAGAAGCUGGUGAUGACCCAGAUAUUGAAGAAGUACUAGGUGCAUGUUGCCGGUAAAGGAAGUUACAUAUGGGUGGGCAGUUCCCGUCGUGUGAUUAGCACGGGUGAAUGUGGGAUAGCAGAAUGCAUACCUUAGAAAGUAGAAACUAUAUAUCUGCAAAUACGUUUCAGAGAGCUAUACAAAAUGAAAAUAUUGUCUGUAAUUUCUGUUUUGGCGGCUGUAAAACUGACAAAAAAAAAUAGCUUACUGAUUUAAGUGGAACCUGCGUGCAGCAUCUGGUUAGCAACAUCGUGGGAGAAAAUAUUUCUUGAGCUCCCGUGGUGAUGAAGAAUCAGUAUAGUAACUUUAAGGCUUUUGUUAGUAACAAAUCAGCUUCAGGAGGCUUUUGUUAGUCACUUGAAGGCUAGGUUCUGUGAAGAAAUGGAUAUCCGUCCUUUCCCUAUAUCUGGCAAAUGGACUGGAUCCAUUAUUGGUGGAUUGGAUUGGUGGAUUCAUGAAUCAAGUGAAUUGGUAGAUUAUCCAUGAAUGCAAAUUACAUCCUCAACCUUGAAUCAAUAGUAAAAUGUGAAAAGUUUAGGUACUAGAAUGUCGUAAUGGAAAAUUUUAGGUACCAAAAUGUAAUUUUCCAAUAAUAUUUUUCGUAUAAAAAAUUAAAUUUUAAGUACCAAAAUGUAAAAUAUAAAAAGCAUAGGUACCAAACCGUACUUUGUCAUUUGGAUCCAUGAAUCAAUCCAUGAAUCCUUCAAUCCAAUUGGAUUUGGAUCAAAUGGAUUGGAUUUAAAUGGAUUGAAUUAGGUGGAUAUUUUUAAUGGAUUGAUAGAUUGAAUUGGUGAAUUGGAUUAAGAUUUGUCACCUCUACAUAUAUCUAACAGCGAAGGCUUGGUCUCCAUUGAGGACAACUCAUGUUUGUUGUGUCCAAUGCAGUCAAAAUCGCGUUUUAAAACUUAAAAACUUACGAUUUUACGCUUUUAGGUCACCAAAACGCUUUCAUUUCCAUAUAAAAACUUAAGUGUAUAAAAUCGGACUAAAUUGCACUUUAAAGCUUAAAAUCUUACGCUUUUACACUUCUAGUUCACCAAAACGCUUUACGUUUUUACGAUUUUAGUUCACUAAAUGAGUAUUCUUUUCAUGAAAUUAAUUAUAAAAAGUAUAUUUUAAAAGUAAAUCACCAACAAUAUUAUACAUUUGAGAUUAAAAGAUACAUAUCAUGUAGUUGGAUGAAUUCUCAACUUUAAUAGAGUAAUCUAAUUCACCAGCUAGGCUCUUCCCGAAUGCAUUAGCAUAGAGGAAGAAAUGGCUUAUUGUUAAAGUUUAUGUUUACGAACUUAUUAUUAAGAUGCUACAAGUUGCUCUACUUGAGGCAUGAAUUGUAUGUAUUUAUUAACUUAUCUAAAUUCCGUGCAUUCAUAUUUUACAUAGUAUAUGUCCUAGCUUUUUAGUAAUUAUUUUUCAGUAUGCUUCAAAAACUUACGCUUUUACGCUUUGAUUCUACGCUUUAUGAUUUUACCUCUUUUCCGCUUCUAGGUAGAAUCGCACUUUUAACUGCAUUGGUUGUGUCCAUUCAUGGAGUCUUAAAAUUUACCUCACAAUCCAAGAGUGCAACGGGGAUAGAGCCCCGGUCCGGAUGAUUAAACGCUGAAAAUUUGCAGUAAAUGCUGGAAUUCAUCAAGAGAUCUCUUGAAGUUUAAAGCAAUAGAUGACUUUUAUAGUGGAUGCCUAUUUGUCGCCAACAAAAUUACUAUUUGCCG